GCGGGAUGGCGGCGGCGGGAGCGGCGGCGGGGCUGGGGAGCGGCGACUUCUCGGAUCUGCGGGAGAUCAAGAAGCAGCUGCUGAGUGUGGCGGAGCGGAGCCGGGAGCGCGGGCUGCAGCACAGCGGGAAGUGGGCCUCCGAGCUCGCCUUCGCCUUGGACCCCCUGCCGCUGAGCGAGCUGCCGCCGCCUCCCGCGCUGACAGAGGAGGAUGCUCGUGAUCUGGAUGCCUACACAUUAGCCAAGUCUUACUUUGAUCUGAAGGAAUAUGACAGGGCUGCCUAUUUCCUGCGAGGCUGCAAGAGUCAGAAAGCUUACUUCUUGUAUAUGUACUCCAGAUACCUGUCAGGGGAAAAGAAGAAAGAUGAUGAGACAGUGGAUAGUUUGGGACCUCUGGAAAAAGGACAGGUGAAAAAUGAAGCUCUACGAGAAUUGAGAGUUGAGCUCAGCAAGAAACACAAGGCACGGGAGCUGGAUGGGUUUGGCCUUUAUCUGUAUGGAGUGGUGCUGCGGAAGCUGGACCUGGUGAAAGAAGCAAUAGAUGUGUUUGUUGAAGCUGCCCAUGUCUUACCUUUGCACUGGGGAGCCUGGCUGGAACUUUGCAACUUGAUUACAGAUAAAGAGAUGCUGAAGUUCCUGUCCUUGCCAGAUACAUGGAUGAAAGAAUUCUUUCUUGCACACAUUUAUACAGAGCUGCAGCUGAUAGAGGAGGCUCUGCAGAAGUAUCAGAGUCUCAUUGAUGCAGGAUUUUCCAAAAGCACGUACAUCAUCUCUCAGAUUGCAGUUGCCUACCACAAUAUCCGAGAUAUUGACAAAGCUUUAUCCAUCUUUAAUGAGCUAAGGAAACAAGAUCCUUACAGGAUAGAGAACAUGGACACUUUCUCCAACUUGCUGUAUGUAAGGAGCAUGAAGCCUGAAUUGAGCUACCUGGCUCACAACCUGUGUGAGAUAGACAAGUAUCGUGUUGAGACCUGCUGUGUAAUUGGGAAUUAUUAUAGCUUGCGUUCCCAGCAUGAGAAAGCAGCACUCUAUUUCCAGAGGGCCUUGAAACUGAACCCUCGGUAUCUGGGAGCCUGGACACUCAUGGGACAUGAGUAUAUGGAAAUGAAGAACACAUCUGCAGCUAUCCAGGCUUAUAGACACGCAAUAGAGGUGAAUAAAAGGGACUACAGAGCGUGGUAUGGCUUGGGGCAAACCUAUGAAAUCCUGAAAAUGCCAUUUUAUUGUCUCUAUUACUACCGACGGGCGCACCAACUCAGACCAAAUGAUUCUCGUAUGCUGGUUGCUCUAGGAGAAUGCUAUGAGAAACUCAAUCAGUUGGUGGAAGCUAAAAAGUGCUAUUGGAGAGCCUAUGCUGUGGGAGAUGUGGAGAAAAUGGCACUGGUGAAACUAGCCAAGCUGCACGAACAGCUGAAUGAAUCUGAACAAGCAGCUCAGUGCUAUAUCAAGUACAUUCAGGAUAUCUAUUCCUGUGGGGAGAUGGUGGAGCACCUGGAGGUCAGCACUGCCUUCCGUUACCUGGCCCAAUACUACUUCAAGUGUAAGCUCUGGGAUGAAGCCUCAGCGUGUGCUCAGAAAUGCUGUGCAUUCAAUGAUACUAGAGAAGAAGGAAAGGCCUUGCUGCGGCAGAUCUUACAGCUUCGCAACCAAGGAGAAACUUCAUCCACAGAUAUUGCUGCUCCCUUUUUCCUCCCAGCAUCACUGUCUGCCAACAACACUCCCACACGUCGUGUCUCCCCACUCAAUCUGUCCUCUGUAACACCAUGAACAAUGCUGCUACCUCUAACCUGUGCACUGAAUGUGACAUUGCAGAUGGGGCUUGCAACCACUUGUUUCUUUCCAGUGAAAUUUCUACAUCCAUUGUUGCCUUCAUGUGAAAGGUAGGAGUUACUAGAGCCCACACCUGAAGACAGAUGUGCCCCAUCAGGCAAAGGUGCAGUCUGCAUGAAAGAUGUGAGAACCUGCUGUACUUCUCACCAAGUCAUUCCAGCCAGAGGGCAGGCGUUCCAGAACACGGGACCUCUCCUAACUGAGGGACUGGGAAGAGCUUGUCUACUUGAGUUAAAAUAUAUUUGAAGUUUUAUUCUGCCCUGUUAUCUCUGGUCUUUGCUGGACUUCUUUGGAUGAUCUCUCAGUGGGUAUCACUGCUGUUUGCAUCAAAAACUGUUACCUGCCAUACUACUUCAGGACUUUUGCUUGUCUUGAACUACACAAAUGAUGUUCCACUAAAGCAGCAGACACAGGCACUAAGAGGUGCCAUGUCUGUUGUGAAGGACUAGUAAGUGUUAGAGGAAGUCCAGGUAGCCACAGCUGACAGCUGUUUGCUGUUCUGCCUGUGGAUCUGACAUACUUUGGCUUUCAAUAGAAAAGCAGUCAGUGAUAUAGCACAAUUAAAAAAAUAAUUGUUAAGUUACUGUCCUUGGGCUUCCUAAUGGUGCAGCUGUCAUGUACACUCUAGCAAAUUAAAUUGGAUGUACUGUAAAUGGA